AUGGAGAGUUUUAGUUCCCAGGCAGGUGAUGUUCUCACCCAAGGCUCAUCGCCGGAUGCGUCCCAGACUUCCACACCUUUAGUCGACACCUCAAUUCCAAUGCAACCGCAGUCAUUGUCCGAGGAAACUCCAAAGUCCAGAAUUUCGCGAUCCCCAUCACUUCUCAACCAGAAACCACCAUCGCUGUCUUCCCGAUCCAGUCCCGCUACUCGCCAUGCUAAACGUCUGACUUUGAACUUUCCCAUCAACGUGCCGCAUCAAAUCCCAGCUACGCCAGCUACUCCAAGUAUUGGCUCUCCAGGACCUAUGACUCCCGGCCCAAAUUCAUCCCGACCUUCCCCUGGGUUUCCGAUGCCUUUUGACCUCGAGGACGAUGGCUACGACUUUUUGCGAGCUAUCGCUUCGCAGGAACGAAGGGUGAUGGACCUCCGGGAGGAGCUGCAGCGGGCCGAGGUGGAUCUCGAAGCACUGAAAAGACAGUGGGCUCUAACGGAGCAGAAGAAGAAACGAGCUGAGAUUAGACUUCACGCUGAGCCGAUGCAAUCGCUUCGGUUCCCCGAUCUUGGUGGAACAGACGCUUCAGGCUCAGGUUCAGGUUCAGGCUCAGGUUCAGGUUCAGGCUCAGGUUCAAGCUCAGGCCCAGUCCCAAGCUCGAAUUCGCAUCGCCGAGAGCAAAGUGUCAGCUCAGUCGGCUCACAAGAGCGAAUGAGCCGGGAGCUAGACCGGCGAUCAGUUUGGCGCACCGGAGCAACACCGGGCACUACCAUUUCCUCCAACGGUCGGCGUGUAUUCACAGGCUCUCAUACACGUACCCUUUCACUUCUAUCGCCGGUCACUCCGUCCAUCUCCUCGAAUAUUGGCCAUAGUCUACAUCAUGGAGAUCAUCAUAUCGGAAGAACCCCACGUUCAGCUACGUUACCAUCAGUCGAGCGCAAGAAUACCAACCAUAUGCCUGUAUCUGUCGAUGAGAGUGAGGUGCCCGAACAUUUACUUGCGCAAUGGCGAAAAACCAUGCCACCCCCAUCGCGCGAGGCACUCAUGCGCACUGGCAAGCAAAUGGCUUCCGAUUUCCGCGAAGGUCUUUGGACAUUCCUCGAGGACAUCCGACAAGCCACCGUGGGCGAAGAAGGCAUUAACGCAACCGAAUCACGAACCUCACCAUCGAAUUCUCUAGCACCACCUCAUGCGCGUAAACGAGAUUCCCUCGUGUCCCGGAGUCGGGAGCGACUAUCAAUCGCAGGAGCCAGCAACUCCCGAUCAUCCUCAUCAUCACGCGGCAGGGCUUUGGCCGAGUCAAAAUCUGGUAAAGAAACCGAGACGGCGGCCAUAGACGCGUCUUUCUGGCAUGAAUUUGGUGUUGAUUCACCAGCGCAGAAGCCUCUCGCCACUCGCCGCAGUUCCGGCAAUCCCAGCAACUCCACGACCCCGCAGGGCACGAAAGAACGCAAAAAUCCCGAUCACCACUCCGAACCCUCCGCGAGAGUAGAGGACGACACUACUGAUAACUGGGAUUUGUGGGAUACACCAAUGCCCGUACCGACAAAACAUACGCCUUCGUCUAGUAGAUCGACAUUCGAGUCAUCCAAGCCAGACCAUUCUCCGACAACACAAGGUAGUAGUCCACGUACAAGUGCUAGCUUUGGCGAGUGGAACCCUAUAUCUUCUAUUCCCGACACCAGUGUGACUGAAGGUAUACCUUGGCCUAUCAUCACCAAGCUCGCUCCGUCAAAGCUCCAGCGAACCGCUUCCAAUCUCAUGGCUGAGUGGGAGCGAAGUCUUUCGCCCUCUCCGGAGCGAUCUUCCCUUAGUAAAAGCAGCAAGAAGGACUAA